CAUAUAAACACCAUGUGGUGUCGCCUUCAAUAUCAAAACUCAAAAGGAAGAAGAGUGAAACAGAAAGGGAUGAUUGAGGUGUGAAGACAGAUAAGAAAAUGGUGGGUUAUACUUCUACAUGGGUUUGGUGCUUAGGAGUUCUUGCAUUGCUGGUGAGCCCCGCGACCGGGAUCUCCUGUGGCGAUGCGGUGUCCAGGCUAAUCCCUUGUGAAGCUUAUUUGAUGGGGAUGGGAGGGCUGAAUCCUAGUGUGCAGUGUUGCAAUAGUGCUCGAGCUCUGAAUAAGUUGGCAGCCACCAAAUCUUCACGAAGGGAUCUCUGUCAGUGCCUGAAGCAGACUGCACCAUCUUUGGGAUUUCAGCUCGAGAGAGCAAAGCAACUUCCCUUACAGUGCAAACUCAACCUCAAAGUGACAAUUACUCCAGAUGUCAACUGCAACAACUUUUGAACGAACGACAGGUAGUAGUUGCUAGUGCGUCCUAGAUUCGGAUCUAAACCUCAGUGUUGCAACAUGAAUUUUGUUUGUUUUCAAAAUUCAUGUAUAUACGUAACAGAAGAUUUCAAUCCAAUGGUUUCUUUGCAAGGCCUUC